AUGGAUUUCCUUAAGAAGGUCGGCGAGCACGUCGAGAGCGUUUUGAACAAGAAAGACGAUGAUGAUAAGCAUGAUUCUCAAUCACAAUCUCACAGCGGACAGAGUCAGCAGUCCCAUGGACAAGAUUACGGCUAUAGUCAGUCUCAGUCUCAAGGACAAGGCCAAUAUGGAAGUCAAAGUUAUGGACAAUCUCAAGGCCAUGGCAAUCAGAGCUACGGAAGUCAGGGAUAUGGUAACCAAGGCCCUUCUCAAGGCUAUGGGCAGUCCCAGGGAUACGGCCAGUCUCAGGGCCAUGCCAACCUGGGCUAUGGAAACUCAGGCUACGAUAACCAAGGUCCUCCUCAGAGCUAUGGACAAUCUCAGGGUUAUGGGCAGCCCCAAGGCUACGGGCAGUCCCAAGGAUAUGGUAAUCAAGGCUACGGUUCCCAAGGCCCAUCUCAAGGAGGUUAUGACCGACCACCAAGCGGUGGCCGUCCACAAGGGGGAAAGCAAUCUCACGGCGAUGACCCCUCUCAUGAUUCUGCUGCCCAAUAUCUUCAGAGGCAGCAGGCAGUGAACCGAUACCAUUCAUUUGCCUCAGAGUCGAAGGGCAACGUUAAGUGGUACGUCGAUGGUGCUUCAUACUUCUGGGCUGUCUCCCAAGCCCUUGAGCAGGCACAGGAAAGCAUUUACAUUCUCGAUUGGUGGCUGAGCCCUGAGCUAUAUCUUCGCCGCCCCCCUGCUAAGAACGAACAAUACCGUCUGGAUCGAAUGCUUCAACAAGCCGCACAGCGCGGCGUCCAGGUUUACAUCAUCGUUUAUAAGGAGGUCGAAGCAGCUUUGACCCUCAAUAGCAGCCAUACAAGGACUGCUCUUGAAGCGCUGCACAAGAAUAUCCAUGUCUUCCGACACCCCGACCACUUACCCACAGGUUACGACCUGCAGAGGGAAUUGGGCAAGUCUAUCAAGGCUCUAACCAACUUUGAUCUUGCCAAGGCAUCUGGAGAUGCUAUCAAGGCUGUCUAUGGUACUGCUGAUGGUGUUGUACUGUACUGGGCGCAUCAUGAGAAGCUCCUCGUCAUUGACAAUGGCAAGAUUGGGUUUAUGGGAGGACUGGAUAUGUGCUUUGGAAGAUGGGACACAAAUAGUCACCCCAUCGCCGAUGCUCAUCCCGGUAACUUGGAUGCCAUUGUCUUUCCCGGACAAGACUACAACAAUGCUAGAGUCUACGACUUCGCUGAUGUUAAGGACUGGGAUCAAAACAAGCUCGAUCGAACCAAAAGCUCAAGAAUGGGUUGGUCAGAUGUUGCUCUGAGCAUGAACGGACCUAUCACUCGUGACAUGGUCGAUCACUUUAUCGACCGAUGGAACUUCAUCUUCAAAGACAAGUACAAGGAGAAGAAUCCCGGCAAGUAUCACAAACUCGAGCUGCCCCCGCGAGACACCUCUGGUUCUGGAGAUAGACGAUCUAGAGGCGAGGACGAUUACUUGGGUGGCCUAACACAGCAGUUCAGCCGUGGCAUGGAUAGACUGAGAUCGUUUGGGGAACAUGAUGGCACUCAUCGUGACCGGGGGCACAGAUCUGAAGGUCGUGGCGACAUGCCUCACAUCCAGAUGAUCCGAAGUUGCGCUGAGUGGUCAUCUGGCCACCCCCUUGAGCGUUCGAUUCAGAACGCAUACAUCGACGCCAUCAAGAACUCUAGAUUCUACGUUUACAUUGAGAACCAAUUCUUCAUCACCGCCACCGAUGAUAAGCAACGAGUUGUUAAGAACAAGAUCGGUGCUGCGUUGGUAGAAAGAAUUAUUCGCGCUGACCAUGAAGGAACACCCUUCCAUGUCUGGGUUUUGAUGCCGGCCGUCCCGGCCUUUGCAGGAGACUUACAGGACGAGGGAGCUCUGGGAACCAGAGCCAUCAUGGAGUUUCAAUAUGACUCGAUCUCGCGUGGUGGGUACAGUAUCAUCGAGAAGCUUCAGAAGGCAGGCAUUCGAGAUACAUCCAGAUACAUCGGAUUCUACAACCUCCGAAACUUUGAUCGAAUCAAUACUUCCAAGACAAUGGCUGAUGCCGAAGCCCGAACUGGUGUGUCGUACGAAGAGGCUCGAAAGGAGAGAGACCGAGAGUUGGGCGGUUACCCAGAUGAGGGAUCUGGAAGGGCAGCACGUGAUCAGUACCAACAGAGUCGAGGCGACUUUUCAGGCUCACGAGGAGGUGACAACUAUGAAAGUCGGGGCUAUGGGGACCGAUCUCAGCGAGAUGAUUACCGACAGGAGCCUCAGAGGGGCCACAACUCCCGACCAGACAGCAGACGCCAGGACGAUGACUACCGUGGAGGUCACUCUGGGUCCAAAUACAGACGCGAUAGCGACAGCGACGAUGACCGCCGAGGUGGUAGCCACGGGAGACGACGUGAUAGUGAUAGCGACGAUGAUCGCCGAGGCGACAAGUACGGGCGUCGACCAGCCCGAGAUCCCUAUGCCCACCCUGGAGCCGAUCCUCGAUUUGAUUCUAGACCCCAAGGAUAUUCUCAGCAGGGAUAUGGACGUGAUGACGACUAUCGCGGCUCCUCACAGCAAAGUUACGGUGGUCGGGGCGACUAUGGGGAGCGGCCAGAUGCAGGAUAUGGACGACCCGAGCGAAAUCCCUAUGAGCAUCCUCAAGCUGACCCACGUUACAGUGGGAGACAGGGUUCUGAUAGUUACGGCUCCCGCCGCGAUGAUCGUCCCCAGUAUGGUGACCAGCCACAGCGACAGGAACAAGGAGGCUACUCCCAGGGGGGUCACUCCCAAGGAGGUGGUGCAGAUUCGUAUCAGAGAUACCAACAGGGGGCGAGCAAAGUUGGCGACAACACUCUCGACACUAUCAGCUCCUGCUACAUGGACAAAGGCCCUAGAGUCACUGAUCUACGCUGGGAUGGCAACACUGAAGAUGAAAUUAACGCUUUUGUCUCUGAGGAGUUGUACAUUCACAGCAAGCUUCUCAUCGUCGAUGACCAACUUGUUAUUUGCGGCUCAGCCAACUUGAACGACCGCUCACAGCUCGGCGACCACGACUCUGAGAUCGCAGUUGUCAUUGAAGACCCUACACCUGUAGAGUCAUACAUGAACGGACGUCCCUACACGGCCUCGCGCUUCGCUGCUUCUCUGCGCCGCUUCCUCUUCCGCAAGCAUCUCGGCCUUGUUCCUGAUCAACGAUGGGAUCAACCAAACCGAAACUGGACGCCCGUCGACCGAGACCCUAACGAUUACGACUGGGGUUCUCCAGCCGAUCAUCUCGUCGUCGAUCCGCUCAGCCCAGAUUUCCAACGUCUCUGGACCAGCACUGCACGUGUCAACACUGAGACAUUUGAUCGAGCAUUCCACCCUGUUCCCACCAACAGAGUUAGAACCUGGAAGGAAUACGACACUUUCUUCUCUCAGUACUUCAUCAUCCCUGGUAAGAAAGACCAGGAUGUCAAGGCGGAGCUUAAGAAGGGCAAGGUUGAGUAUGGUCACAUUGUGAAAUCUGAGUUCCCUGGUGGUGUGAGGGAGGUCAGGGAGUGGUUGUCACGAAUCCGUGGUACACUCGUUGAGAUGCCUCUUGAUUUCUUGGUUGACGCCGGAGAUAUCGCUAAGGAAGGCUUGACCUUGAAUAAUCUCACGAAUGAGCUCUACACUUGA